UCCGAGCUCGGAAUCUGGUCCUGACCCCUCGGGCCUCGUGGCUGCCAAUGUGACCUUGAGCAAGUCUCUCUCGCUGGGCCUCAAGUUUUCUUGUGGAAAUAGGGUUUUGGUCAUGAACGCCUCUGGAGGAAGGAGGCAGGAAGGCAGAAGGACUCACAGACCCCGGGAACAGGACCGAGACGUGCAGCUGUCGAAGGCUCUGUCCUAUGUCCUACGCCACGGGGCCUUGAAGCUGGGACUUCCCAUGCGAGCUGAUGGCUUCGUACCCCUGGGAGCCCUCCUGCAGCUGGCCCAGUUCCACAGCUUCUCAGCUGAGGAUGUGCAGCGCGUGGUGGAUACCAAUGGGAAGCAGCGCUUCACCCUGCAGCCAGGCGAGCCCGGCACUGGGCCGCUCAUCAGGGCAAAUCAAGGCCACUCCUUACAAGUACCCGAGUUGGAGCUGAUGCCCUUAGAGACACCACAAGCCCUGCCGUCGAUGCUAGUCCAUGGCACAUUCUGGAAGCAUUGGCCAUCUAUCCUACUGAAGGGCUUGUCACGCCAAGGAAGGACGCACAUCCACUUGGCCUCAGGAUUGCCUGGGGACUCUGGUGUCAUCAGUGGCAUGCGUCCAAAUUGUGAAGUGGCAGUGUUCAUUGACGGACCCCUAGCCCUGGCAGAUGGAAUCCCCUUCUUCCGCUCCGCCAAUGGGGUGAUCCUGACUCCAGGGAAUGCUGAAGGCUUCUUGCUUCCCAAGUACUUCAAGGAGGCCCUGCAGCUCCGACCUACCCGAAAGCCUCUCUCCUUAGCUGGUGAUAAGGAGACAGAGUAUCAAAGCGGCACCAAGCACAGCUCCAGAGGAGGAAGGAAAAAGAUCCAACAAUAAAAUAUUUACUUAUUUAUUUAAAAAAAAAUCUGGAC